AUGACCUUAAGGAGUGGCAAGGAAGUUCAAGGACCCGAACCGGUGAUUCCUAAAGACAAGGACGAGGAACGGAUUGAGAAAGAAUUGGAAGAGGAGGGCACAGACAACAAAAAUGCAAAGGUACCCUCGAACCCAAUUCCUACAACUAAAACUAAUCCACCUCCCUUUCCUAGCAGGUUAGAGAAACCAAAGAAGCAAGACAAGGAAAAAGAGGUCUUGGAGAUCUUUCGCAAGGUGGAGAUCAACAUACCCCUGCUGGAUGCGAUUAAACAAGUACCCAGGUACGCAAAAUUUUUGAGGGACCUGUGUGCCAACCGCAAGCGGUUGAAGGGGGAUGAACGAGUUAUAGUUGGGGAGAAUGUUUCAGCAAUUCUACAAAGGAAACUUCCACCAAAAUGCGGAGAUCCAGGCCCUUUGAAAGAGACUGGGAUAAUAAUCCAAUUAGCUGACAGGACCAAUGCAUACCCUGACGGGUUGAUUGAAGAUGUUUUGGAGGUUUUUGAAAUUGAAGGCAGGGAUGAACUAGAGGUCGUCCUGACCAGGCACUUUGAGUCCGAAACGACCUCUAGGGUAGAGUUGAGUGAAGAGCUUAAAUGCGUGAUUGGAUCGUUGCAAACAUUACCAACCACGAAGACAAGGUAUGAUCUUGCACCGAUUUUCAUACCCGAACCUCACCAAAGGUUACUUCCAUCUGUGGUGCAGGCACCUGUCUUGGAACUAAAACCACUGCCGAAACACCUAAAGUAUGUAUACUUAGGUGAAGGGGAGACACUUCCAGUGAUCAUCUCCGCGGGUUUAUCAAAGGUUCAAGAAGAGAAACUACUUCGAGUUCUUAGGGAACAUAAGCAGGCGAUAGGAUGGACCAUCGCCGACAUCAAGGGAAUUAGCCCUGCGGUGUGUAUGCACCGAAUUCGACUCGAGGAGAAUGCUAAACCCGUACGGCAAGCUCAACGGAGAUUAAAUCCUCUCAUGAUGGAGGUCGUAAAGAAAGAGAUUUUAAAACUGCUGGACGUUGGAAUUAUAUUUGCAAUAUCAGAUAGCCCGUGGGUAAGUCCAGUACAGGUGGUCCCGAAGAAGGCAGGGGUGACAGUGGAAUCAAACCAAGAGGGUGAGCUCGUACCAAUUCGAAAGCCCACCGGAUGGCGACAGUGUAUCGAUUACCGAAAGCUAAAUGCCGUCACGAAAAAGGACCAUUUUCCCCUCCCUUUCAUUGAUCAGAUGGUGGAGCGAUUAGCAUGUCGAGCUUACUAUUGUUUCUUGGAUGGAUUUUCAGGUAUUGAGGUUGAUAAGGCGAAAAUAGAUGUUAUAUCUACUUUACCUUACCCCGCGAGUGUGCGGGAAGUUCGUUCCUUCUUGGGUCACGCAGGUUUCUAUAGAAGGUUCAUCAAGGACUUCUCGAAAAUUGGAGCACCCUUGUUCCAACUUUUGCAAAAAGAUGUAUCCUUCGAAUUUGAUGAAACAUGUAAGGGGGCAUUCAAUAAGUUAAAGGAGUUAUUGACCACCUCACCUAUUAUCCAACCCCCUGACUGGAACCUCCCAUUCGAAAUCAUGUGUGACGCCAGCGACUAUGCAGUGGGUGCGGUAUUGGGUCAAAGAGUAGGAAAGGCAGCUCAUGCUAUCUACUAUGCAUCUCGAGCCUUGAACGGAGCUCAAUUGAACUAUUCAACCACCGAAAAAGAGCUUUUAGCAGUUGUUUUUGCCUUAGAAAAAUUUCGAUCUUAUUUACUUGGUGCUAAAGUUAUUAUUUUUUCUGAUCAUGCAGCUUUGCGGUAUUUGUUGACAAAAAAAGAGGCAAAACCGCGAUUGAUACGGUGGAUAUUAUUGCUACAGGAGUUCGACCUGGAGAUCCGAGAUAAGAAAGGGGCGGAGAAUCUGGUAGCAGAUCACUUGAGUCGAGUACAAGUCGUCGAAGAUGACAUCCCAUUGAGAGAAGCAUUCCCCGAGGAGCAUUUAUUUUCUAUUAACUCAUCUUUACCUUGGAGAUAUGGUGUCUUGCACAAAGUCUCUACAUCAUACCAUCCUCAGACAAAUGGUCAGGCGGAAACAUCGAACCGAGAGAUCAAAUCAAUUCUAGAAAAGAUGGUCCGACCCGAUAGGAAGGAUUGGAGUGUGAGACUAGAUGAUGCACUAUGGGCAUAUAGGACAGCAUACAAGACACCCAUUGGCAUGUCCCCUUACCGAUUGGUAUUUGGAAAGCCAUGUCAUCUCCCGGUCGAGUUUGAGCAUAGAGCAUUUUGGGCGGUCAAACAAUGCAACAUGGAUAUCGAGGAAGGCGGAAUUCAAAGAAAGUUACAAUUACUAGAGUUGGAAGAAAUUCGAAAUGAAGCAUACGAGAAUGCAGUGAUCUAUAAGGAGAAGAAUCAGAUCUUUCAUGACCAACAGAUCUCUAGGAAGACAUUCGUCUGUGGGCAAAAAGUUUUACUAUACCACUCCAAAUUGAAACUAUUUCCAG